AUGGAUUAUUCUGCUAAUGUAACGUUCUUGUUUUUGCAGGGGCAUGUAGAACUGAAUAAGUACAGAUAUUUGUAUUUUACUAUUACUCUGACUCUCUAUCUGUUGAUUAUUUGUUGUAAUGUUGUUGUUAUUUCUGUCAUUUACUCAAACAAACUUCUCCAUGAGCCGAUGUACAUUUUCAUUGCUGCUUUGCUUUUUAAUUCUCUUUUUGGAACAACUGCACUUUAUCCUAAACUGCUGAGUGAUUUUCUGUCUGAAAGACAAAUUAUUUCUUACUCAGCCUGUCUGUUUCAGGCUUUCUCCAUUUAUACAUAUGCAGCGUCGGAGUUCACACUGUUAUCAGCUAUGGCCUUUGACAGAUAUGUGUGCAUAUGUAAACCACUACAAUACCCAACUCUUGUAAAAAUAUCCACUGUUAAAAAGCUCUUAUUUUUCUGUUGGUUUGUGCCUUCCUGUGAAGUUGGCAUAUCCUUAAUGUUAACAUACAGACUUCAGCUGUGUAAAUUCAAAUUAGAUAGAAUAUACUGUAAUAACUAUUCAGUAGUUAAACUAUGUUGUGGAGACACAUCUGUGAACAAUUUAUAUGGACUGUUUUGUUUAACUGUUAAUGUUUUUCCACCAGUGAUGUUUGUUAUCUACUCAUAUGUCAGAAUACUUGAUGUCUGUUUAAGAAAUUCAAAAGAUUUCAGAAGAAAAGCUCUGCAGACCUGCUUCCCACACCUUUUUGUUUUCAUUAGUUUUACUGUGACCUCUUGUUUUGAAAUUAUCAACCUCAGAUUAGAAGCAAAUUUACCUCACAUUUUUGCUAUAAUAGUGUCAAUUGAAAAUCUGGUUAUUCCUCCUUUAUUCAAUCCCAUUAUAUAUGGUCUGAAACUGCAGGAGAUUUUGAAUAGGAUCAAAAGAAUAAUUUGGAAAAGGAGGACAAACACAUCUUUUUAA